GCUCCGAGCCGAAGGGGGAGGAACCGAGAGCGGCCGCGUCACGGGGGCGGCGGGGGGUGGCGAGCAGAGAAAGCGGAAUCGCAGCGGCUGGAGCUGGGGCGGCCAGACUAUCGGCACCUCGCUGGGGGGGAAGGAGCAGCCGCCGAGGGGGGGGGCGCGGUAACGUGGAAGCGGACACGCAUCGCGGUUGAAUCGGGCUGCCUGGGGAGAAAGAGCGACGGGAAGCAGAGAAACGAAGGCAAAGAAAAAAUAAAACCUAAAGCGAGGAAAGAGCGAGGAUGUGGGUCCCCGCGGGAAGAUAAUGAAGAGGCUGAGCGUGUUGUUGCCGUGCCUGAUAGUAGCGCUCCUGUGCGGGUACGCCGGUCAUCAUGUCCACUGCUCCAAAGAGACCCCUGCUGGCCCAGUACUGCCUGCACAGGAUUGUAUCCCUGAGGAGAAGCUGGAGGAGGUCUCUGAUGACCAGCAGGGUGAGGAGGAGUGGCCCAGCUACAUCGAGUCGUCAUACGACGUGGGGCUGGAGGCGGAGAGGACUUCGCUGGAGAUGUCAAGACGAGGGGAUGUGGAGAGAGAUCAGACUGUGAAAACGAAGGAGCCAGACACGCCGGCCGAACCAGGACCGGUGAGCGACGCCGAGCCGGCACCAGAAUCUGAGCUCCAGCUGGUGCCCGAGCCGGAGCCCCAAGGAGACUCGGCUCCUGCCACCAGUGCCGUUCCCGCCGAUGCCCCUGCGGACCCCCACGGGGCCCCCGAGGAUGUAGCGGCCACGCCUACCUCACAAGUGACCCCCGCCUCGCCAUCGAGUUCGAUAGAGGUUACCAGUGCCGAUUCCCCUGUAGGCGGCUCGGUUGACGCCGAGCCGUCGGCCACCGACUGUGAGGUCACAGCGCCCCCUGUGGCGCUCCUCCCCAGCGCCCCUCCUGCCUUUGGCGGCCCGCUCGCCAGCCUGGACGUGGAUCACAUAGACAACGCCUCCAGUGGCCUGGGCCCAGGGAAGGGGAUCAGGCAGCCUCUGGACUUCCUCCCAGAUGUGGAGCAGGCUCUGCCGGAGCUGGACCAGGGUGGGAACACCUCCCACGAGCUCGAGCUCGGGGACGAGGAGCAGCAGGCUGCAGGCGUCCCUGUCUCCAAGGAGCCAGACCCCUCCGUGCCAGGCAAGGAGGACAUCCCCACCUUUGAUGAGUGGAAGAAGAAGGUGAUGGAGGUUGAGAAGGAGAAGAGUAAGUGGGAGGUGGCUCUUUGCUGUCCUGACUCCUGGUUCGUCAUAGAGCUCUGUGAACCCAUCCAAGUGAAACAGUUGGACAUCGCCAACUUCGAGCUGUUCUCCUCCACCCCCAAAGACUUCUUGGUGUCCAUCAGUGACAGGUACCCAACUAACAAGUGGGUCAAACUGGGCACCUUCCAUGCUCGGGACGAGCGUACCGUCCAGAGCUUCCCAUUGGAUGAGCAACUCUACGCCAAGUACAUGAAGAUGUUCAUCAAGUACAUAAAGGUGGAACUGCUGUCCCACUUUGGGUCUGAACAUUUCUGCCCCCUGAGUCUGAUCAGGGUGUUUGGUACCAGUAUGGUGGAGGAGUACGAAGAGAUCGCAGAGCCCCAGUACGCGGAGAGACUGGAGUACCCAGACGAGGAUUACGAUUACCCCCCAGGCUACGUGCCUACCGAAGACAAGGCCUCCAAAAACCUGCUGGGGUCAGCUACCAACGCCAUCCUCAAUAUGGUCAACAACAUCGCAGCCAAUGUUCUGGGGGCGCGUCCAGAGCUGGAGCCGGCGGACGGAUCACAGGUGAACUCCUCCAUGGAAGCAGAGAACAUGACGAGCACGUCCGGGGGCUCCGAGCUUCUGCCCACCCCCUCGGCUCUUCCAGGGCUGGAGACCCGGGAGCUGGAAUCCGCUAACCCUGCGGAGGACCCGGGGGAUGAUGUGGAGGAGUUGGCCACUCCGGCGCCCCCGGAGGAGAGCCGCAUAGUGACGCUGGUGCUGGAGGAGGACGAGGAAGAGCCAGAGCACAGCCAGUCCACCGUCACCCUCCUCGGAGCGGAGGAAGAGGAGGAACGUGGGGAGGAUGAGUCAAAGGGGCGGAGCUUGGACCCAAGGCAGCUGGAGAGUCAGGCCCAGUGCGGGGCCCUGUCCAGUCUGUCCUGCACUGGUACCCUGCUGGAAUACCUCCACCGGCAGUGUUCUGCAGCACACGCACCACGCCGAUUGCACCCGGUGCGCCGGAAAGUGAAGGCAGAUCGGGAUAACGCACGCUCCAGCCCGGUACCGAGCCCUGAACCUGCCCCCACGCCGACCCAGGAGCUUCCCGCAGAGCCCGUCCCACAGACGGAGCGCCCCUCGUCCAGGGAGGAGAGUUCCGUUUCCAUGGAAACAACUCCCACAUUGCCCGCUGAAGGUACCGCAGACGUCAUCACCGUGACUGAGCUGCUGGAGCCCAGCCGCUCCUUGUUGCUGCCUCCGAUCAGCUUUGUGGACUCCACCGUCGCCACGGUAUCUCCCACGGAGGACAUCCUCGAGCCGUCGCGGGGUGAUGAACUACAGACAGACCCCCGUUACCAAGACAGUGUCUCCGAGACGCAGAAUGAGGGGACGAGGGCCCCCCCCUCCGGCAGUGGGAGCCCCAGUUGGUCCAGCGCGGUUCCCACAGCGGAUCUGUCUGGGCCUGAGAGCGAGUUCACUAAAGUGGAGCCCCCGCUCCUCGCCGUGGUGGAGCAACCCACCCCGCUGCUCCUCACGGCCACAAGGCCGCUGGAAAUCAGCCCCCCCACCGAUCACCCGGGUUCCCCGGCAGAGUCGGAUGCCGACAGGCCAUCCGUGGAUGAACCCCAGAGAACCACGCCACUUACGUUGGCCCCAGAGACACCGCUGCUCCCUCCGGAGCCAGGGGAGGAGGCGAUCCUGGUGGCCCAGGGCGGCGCCCAACUGCAGCGGCCCACCACCGACUUCUAUGCCGAACUACAGAACUCUUCUGAGCUCAGCUACAGCAAUGGGAAUGGCAACCAGGUUCACGGGUCCAACCAGAAGGAGUCUGUCUUCAUGAGACUCAACAAUCGCAUCAAGGCACUGGAGAUGAACAUGUCACUCAGCAGCCGGUACCUGGAGGAGCUCAGCCAGAGGUACCGAAAGCAGAUGGAGGAGAUGCAGAGGGCCUUCAACAAAACCAUCAUCAAGCUGCAGAAUACCUCCAGGAUCGCGGAGGAGCAGGACCAGCGGCAGACAGAAUCCAUCCAGGCUCUACAGAACCAGCUGGAGAACAUCACACAGCUGGUGCUCAACCUGUCCAUUACUGUUGGCAAACUUCAGAAAGAGGCAGCAGACCGGCAGAGUUACCUGGCCGUCUCCCUGCUCCUCUGCCUGUCCAUCGGGCUCCUGCUGUGCCUCCAGUGCUGCCGAGGAGCGUCCCCCCCUCCUCCGAGCUCGGGCCCCCCCAUGCCUAAGAUCAACCACUACCCCAGCCCCAAGAGGUGCUUCUCCUCGUAUGAUGACAUGAGUCUGAAGCGGAGAGUCUCCUGCCCUCUUGUGCGCUCAAAGUCCUUCCAGUUCCCAGCUGCAGAAGUGGGUCCAGAUGACUUGUUCAUUGUAGAACCUCUAAGGUUUUCACCUGAAAAAAAGAAGAAACGAUGCAAGAUGAAAGCCGAGAAGGUGGAUGCCCCGAAGCCCUUGGCCCCCGCGCCAGCAGCAGCUAAUGGAGGCCCCAAGUGCAACGGUGCCCCCCGCCCCCCCCCGGUAGAGACCUGCGUGUCCUUGUCCAGGGACACCCCCUCUGAGGGCAGCUCGGAGGGCUCCUCCCAUUCGGAUGAACCGCCCGCCUGCGAGAGCCAGCCGCCACCCCCCAGCCGGAUGGAGAGGCGGGCCUUCAAACGGCGGCGCUCGCGGAUGUGUGAGCGGGGCCGGGGCGUAGCCGAGCUGCUGCCCGCCCUCCAGGGCAUUAUGAAGGGCAGCAAGGAGAUGGGCGUGGGAGCGCUGGGGGUCACCGCGCUCUCGGGCCAGGUCUAAGCCACACGCCAUCCCCAUCUGGGGAACAGACUGGUACCUAGUGGCACCUUCUGCUGGCAGGGUGCGGAACUGCGGCGUGACUCAUCUCUCGGGGCCUUGCCCCUGGACACGGCGGCCCUCGACUUCGAAGACCCCUUCCUCUUUAUGUGCCUUUUCUGUCUGUUUUAGAGAUCGAUAGGUCGUUACUUUUUUCCCUUCCAGAGAGAGCUCUUAUUUAUCAAUAAGAUGAGACAAAGCUGUGUAUUUUAGCGCAGAUUUUUGUUUUUCUACCGGAUUAGCACAGCGACCAGAUGGUCGAAGCCUCAAGGGGGUGGUGUCCCGCCCUGGACUUUAGAGGGCACUCUGUUUAGUGGGGGCUCCUGGUGGUGUCAGGUGUGUGUGAGGGCUGUGCAGUGUCCACUGUCUGCCUCCUUUGCCUUUUUUCGCUCCUAGAUGUGGCUUUAACCUUUUGUUUCGUGGGACCAGGAGGUGAUUUCCUUAGGUGUUCCGUAAACUCAGCGGCUGCUCAAGGUGGGUGAAGCUGCUGUGAGUCUCUGCCAAUGCCCCCCCCUCCCCCAAACCACCCCACCCUGCCCUGCUUUCUCAACAUCACAUCACGCACCCGUAAGUGUAGAGGAUGUCGUGACUCAGUCACCCUGCUGCAAGUCACGGCUGGCCCCCGCAGUCCUCGUCCCUGGUGGAGAACGACUUCUUCCUACUUUCACUACGUAUGGAAUGACGGAGGUUUCUUCUGACCAAAUGAGAUGUGUUUGAGGGUCCUGUUUUUUGGGAAUAGUUUGUUUUUCUGUCAGACACCAGAAGGUACCUCUGCUGUGAGUUUUAUUUAUGUAUUUAUUUAUUUCACUGUCUGCCAGAUAUGUCUUGCCAUAGUCCCAGAAAGAGGAUCCCCCAAGAUUCUUCUGUGUCUCCCCCUGUCUCCCGUGGCAGGUACUGCGACAGCACAUGCCACAUAUUACUCCUUCGCAACAUGUGUGUUCCCUAAAACACAUUUUUACUCAAUGGACUGUCAGGACGCACAAUGCAUGCGUCCAUGUGAUGGAGUAUGGAGCCACCCUUGAAUUUAAACACUUAUCUGUUAAGUAAAAGAAAAUAGAUUUUAAAGUACAAAUUUAUAAUGACGUGCUGCAUUUGACUUUUCUGGUACAGACAGUGGGACUGAAUUCAAAGUGAAACGGGGAAGGCGUCUUUUUCUCACAACCAGUAACAAAUGAAAAGGAUUCUCAUCCAGAUUAAGCUUGUGCCGCUAUAAGGACGGGAUCCCUUUAAGCGGCCUAAAAAGUCGUCACCUUCCCGUUUAUGACAGUAUAGAAAAUGUUUUUCUUCAUUUUAUUUGAGGAAAAUUUUGUGGGCUGGGUUUGAAUGUGAUUUCGAGAAUUUUACUAAAUAUGUUACACGCGUGUCGGGGUUUGUGCGUCCGUCACAAUGCGUUACGGAUGUGAGGAUGCUAUGUGUCGCCCUCUCCUGGUGGUACGAGGAGUCGACGGUCGAUUCGCUCACAUUCUUUAACGUGGUGUUAUUUGUACUUUUUGUUGCUGAUUUUUCUUACGAGCUCAAUGUGCACUUUGUUUCUUAACGAAGCCCCCGAGCCCACGCCAGUGCCCUGGCAUCCCUACUCCACCCCGAAAGGGUCCCCAGGGGUCUACGGGAACACGCUACUUGUUUUCUGUGCGGACGGGCUGCACAGCACUAGUGGAACUGGAGCACGGGUUGGACUCCCGAGUUGUUUGCCAUUAGAAACUGUGAAUUUCUAAAUAAAUAACACUGACUUUCACCCAA